AUGAUAAAGUUAAGAAAUAUAGUAUCAGACAUUGUCCAUGAUGGCGGCAUCUACUUGGAGGGGUUGAGGAAGGCUUUGGAGGACUACAGUAGGUUCUUAGAAGAGUGUAGAAAAGAGAAUGCAAGUAUGUCACAAAACUCCAACUCUACCUGGAUGCCACCAGAUACGCCAAGCCGAGGCAAUAUAUCAACAAUAUUAAACCUGCGAAAUCCUCAAAACUUUAACACAUCUGACUGGACAAUGACGACGCGAGCUAAAGACUCUGCUGGAAUCAGCAGACGUAUAGGGAAUAUGUCGUGUAGAGAAGCAUCAGAAGCCAGUGAAUCAGUGAGGCGGUAUGCUGACCUGGCGAUGUGGGCGACAAAGCGUCUCCAGGACAUAGCGUACGCGAAGGGAUAUCAAGAGACGGAACAUUACGAAGAAAACGAGCUGAUCUUAAAACUGGCAUGGUUCUUGGAUCAGCUGGCACUCCUGACAGGCUACGAGCCAGAUUACAGCCAAUAUCUGACUCGUAGGUCCUCAACAACUUCAACAACAUCUCCAACUCCACCUACCUUGGUGCCUCAAACCCAGGAGUUGACCAAUAUCUUGAUCAACUGCAUAAAAGCGAACUCCUCAGUUCCAGCCGUCGAUAGGUGCAGAUAUCCUCUACCCGUGCCUGCUACGGUCGGUGAACCCACCAGUGUGCCCUCACCACGGUCAGAUGUCAACGCCGCAGUUCCUAUAGCAAAUAUUGACAGCCAACAACAGCAAUCCAUGGAAAUCCUAAUCACCGGCGAUGAUUACCGAACACCACGAAGAAUCACCAAAAGAUCCACAGACGAAUAUUUUGUGCCAAUCGCCGUUCAUGAAAAACCUAAGCCCGUUGUAGAUUUUAUUGUCAAAAAGCUGUCAAAUUUGAAGGCUAUCGUGAAAUCUGUCAAAAAGCAUGCUGUAGCCGAUUUUAUUUCACAAUUGGCUUACCAUAAACACUUGCACAGAAGAGCAAUUGAUGACAAUACGUCCGUUCUUUUGAAUCAAGUUUCUGGACAAUUACCCUUAAAAUUAAUUGUCAAAUCUGAUGAAUCCAAUGACCAACAACACAAUACCAACAAUGUUGAAAAGAUGAAUCAAUCGAUUGUUAAACCUGAUGAAUCGAUUGCUAAAUCUGAUAACCCUAUCCUCAAAUCUGAUGACUCAAUUGUCAAUAACGAUAAAUCGACUAUCGAAGUUUUAUCUCUUAAACAAUUCCCAAUUUUAGAUGCUUCUGUAGUGAAUACGAAGUCAUUCAAAAAACGCUCUAUUUCCAAUAGUGGUAGGUCUUAUAAUUUGUUAAAUAGAUUGACAUUUCAAAAAGCACCUGUCAAAGUAGCCGUCGAUACUGUCAAAAAACGUUCCGUAGGCGAUCCUCUUUCGAAAUUGACAAAAUAUUACAUCAAACAUAAAGUUUGGGACAAUUCAAAUCCUGCAUUAGAAUCCAGUAAAAAACCUCCGUCAAAUUUCGAACUAAACAAUAAUUUGAAAACAAAAUUUUUAACUAAAAGAUCAUUAGUUCAUAAGAAAACUAGUAAUUUUAUGCUACCUCGGCCUUUUAGACAUUCAAAUUUAAAAAAACACAAACACUCGCACAAAAAAUCAAAGUUACAAUUUUAUCUAAACAAUUUACUCGAAAUUAAAUACAAAAAGAUGCAUAAAACGCCACAUAAGAUUACUAAAAGAUCGAUAAAAUAUGAACAUAUGUAUUUACCAAGAAUCCCCACGAGCCCAGUCGAAGAUAUAAGUUACUAUGUGAAAACUAAACCUGGACGUAACUAUAACCCCAGUUUAACCCAAGCUGCUCAGGUCAGGUUAGGGUUGCAACAAAUUUUCGAAACCGGUAACAUUUUGGUAAUUCAAAGAUAUGGCUCUAAUUACAACCCGGCCGUUCAGGACGCUUUUACAGCCGGUGUGUUGAAGGGGCUGGCGGAUUCUUAA